AUGGCUUCCAACCCUGUCAACGAGAGAGGUGUUUUUGUCCACGAAAACACAUCCGCUCCCGAGCAUCCGAGCUUGAUGCAGAUGUUCUCCCUCAAGGGCAAAACCGCCAUUGUCACGGGUGCUGCUGCUGGCAUUGGUCUCGCCGUGGCUCAGGGCCUGGCUGAAGCAGGUGCCAACGUCGCAUUGUGGUGGGGCACCAAUCCUAACUGUCCUGAGCGGGCGGCUGAGAUUGCUGCCCAGUAUGGUGUACAGUCCAAGGCUUACCAGGUCGAUGUUACAAGCCCCAAGGCUGUCCAGGAGGCUGUUGAUCAGACUGUGAAGGACUUCAAUGGGCGUCUGGACGUCUUCAUCGCUAACGCGGGUAUCCCCUGGACCAAGGGACCCAUGGUUGAUGGGCCCCUUGACCACUACUCCAGUGUGGUGGACAUUGACUUGAACGGUACCUUUUACUGCGCCAAGUACGCCGCUGCUCACUGGCGGAGGCAGAAGGAGGAGGGAACCGACAUCUACGGCAACAAGCUUUCCAACUUCACAUAUGGUAGCUUUGUGGCCACUGCCUCCAUGAGUGGCCACAUUGUGAACUUCCCGCAGAUGCAGGCCGCCUACAACGCUGCCAAGUCGGCCGUGAUCCACCUUUGCAAAUCUCUUGCCGUGGAGUGGGUCAAGUUCGCCCGUGCCAACACCGUCUCUCCCGGCUACAUCGCUACAGAGAUCUCAAACUUCGUGCCCCAGGAGACCAAGGACAUCUGGAAGGACAAGAUUCCUAUGGGUCGUGAAGGUCGUGCUGAAGAGCUGAAGGGUGCCUAUCUCUACCUGGCUUCGGAUGCUGCCAGUUACACCACCGGUGCUGACCUCGUUGUCGACGGUGGUUACUGCGCACCAUAA